GGCUUCUCCUGUUGUGGAGCAGGGGCUCUCGCGUGUGCGGGCGUCAGUAGUUGUAGCACGUGGGCUCUAGUGCACAGGCUUGAUAAUAGUGGCAUACAGGCUUAGUAGCUCCACAGCACAUGGGAUCCUCCCUGAUCAGGGAUUGAACCCGUGUCUCCUGUACUGGCAGGUAGAUUCUUUACGAGCAAGUCACCAAGAGAGCUCCUCCACUUUUUCUGACUCCCUCUUAAGUGAUGGUGUUCCUCAGAGUUUUGGAAUGUUUUAUUCUCAUUCUACAAACUGUCCCUGGAUAAUCUGAUCCAUCCCCGCGGCUUCUACUGUCAUGUGUAUGCUGAUGGUUUCCUAAUCUAUAUCCCAAGUUGUAUGAGGCAGGAUAAGUUAACUGAGGUAAGAAACUGCCCUGAAAUCUCAGUAGUGUAACGUGGAAAAGUUUAUUUCUUGCUCACACAGAAUCCAUUCUAGGUCCAGGUGACCCACCGGAGAAACUAUUCUCCUUAUAGUGACUCAGUGAUCCACUUUAGAGCUUUCAACCUUAUCUUCUCAUCACAAAACCUCUGUGAUCACCCAGAAGGGGAAGGGAUCAGAGGAGGUCUUCCUUCAGUAAUUAAACACUUCAACUAAAAGGGAACGUCAUCACUUGCAUUCAUAGUCCAUUGGCCAGAGCUUAUCACAUGGCACUACUAAACUGUGAGGGUCUGUGCCAGGAGAGGAGAUCUGGUUCGGGGUGAGAACUAGUACUCUCUACCACACAGCUCUGGGUCUUUCAUGAGCCCCUGACCUGUGCAUCUGACUACCCUCUUGACAUCUCUCGGUAACACAAUCCACAGGCACCCUAGGCUCAGUGUGUUCAAAAGUAAGCUCAUUGUAUAUGUCCAGUCCUACACUCACCUUCUUCUAUAUUCUCACCAUUAAUUGGUGAUUCAAGGCAGAAACCUGGGAGUUAUCUUGAGCUCUCUCCCCCUUACCUUUCUCCCACAUCACCUUUCUGCCCUGCCUCCUCUUCCCCACGGCCAGUGUCUCUGAUUAGAUCAUCCUGUUUCUCCCUGGAACUCUGCUGUUCUAAAGGACUCCCUGCCCCCUGUCUGGCCCACACAAGUCCCUCCUACACUGUUGCCCAAACCAGAAUGUGAUCAUGUUUCAUCCUUCAGCAGUCUCUCCAUUGUCUCCAAGGAAAGUCUGUUUAAGGUCGUUUAUCAUGUGACCUUGAGCUUCCUCUACAGUCUUUCUUGUUUCGUUCCCCCAAUGGAAAAAGAUUCCACCCACUCUUAAUCUCUGUAGCAUCAGCAGUGAUGAAAUACUUGCAUUUCGCUGAACAUCACAAACGUGACAAAGCAUGUCUUUGCUCACAUGGUCCCUCUGCCUGGAAUACGCUUUCUUCCUCUGUCUGCCUAGAAAAUGUGAUUCAUCUUUCAAGAAGCAACUCAAACAUCAUCUUCUCUAUGAUGUUUUUCUUGACACCCACUUCCCUUCAUUGUGUGACCUGAGCCUUUUCUCUUGAGUCCCACUCCAUCCUUUAUGUCUGACACGGCUUAUUUCCUUGUCUCUUUCUUUACCCAGAGUUUAUUUGAUGUGAUACAAUCUUCCUUACAGGUCAUGUUUGGAAUUCACACAAGAAUUCCAAAACCUUUAGUGGUUCUUUAUUAAUACUUAAAAUAUACGUUUUGCUUGGAUUUAAAGACCUCCACAGUAUAUCUCAAUCUAUCUACACAACUGUUUUCUAUCUCACCCUUUACCAAGGCCUCUCUCUUGAGCCAUGCUGGUGUCCCAGAAAUCCAUCGCUCAAAGCCCAGCAAGCAAUCCUGGGGUUGGGAACUUCCUCACACAGUCCCUUUCUUCUCCCCCAAGCAUAUUCCAGAUCUCCCUGCUCGCAGCCUUGCCUGAUCCUGCGUGCCCUGCCAGCUCUUCCCUUCUCCCGGACCUGCGAGUUACUCUGCCGUCCUCCUGGAACUGUCUUCCCCAGACUCUGCCCAACCAGCUCGUUCCCAUCCUCUGGUUCUCAGGGUAAAUAUCACUCCUUGGACAGGAAUUCCCGGGUCAUCCAUUUUAUCUAAAGACAUCCUCCCGUCACUGACUGUCCAGCAUGGCACUCUUUCUUUCCUUCAUGUCCCUGAACACAAUCCAUAAUCAAUCUGUUAUUUCCUUUUCUAUUGUUACUCUUCUCAAGUAGACAGUAGGCCUCAUGAACUUUCCUGCCUUCUCUCUAAAAUACCCAUAGCACAUGGCCCAUUGUGUCUAUUGAAUGUGUAUACUUAUUAUUGUAUGGGUAAAUGUUUACAAGUAAAUGAUCCACCUUCCCUUUGAAGCAAUCUCCAUGCUUCAUAUAUAUAUAUGAAAUAUAUAUACAUGAUAUUUUUACUUAUUUAUUUAUUUUGGCCUGUACUGGAUUUUCACUGUUGCACACAGGCUAUUUCUAGUUGUGUUGAGCAGGGGCUACUCCUCCUUGUGGUGUGUGUCCUUCUCGUUGUCGUGGCUUCUCUUGUUACAGAGCAUGAGGCUCUGGUGCAUGUGAGCUUCAGUAGUUGUAGCACUUGGGCUCAGUAGUUGCAAUUCUCAGACUCUAGAGUGCAGGCUCAGAAGUUGUGACGCACAAGCUUAGUUGCCACGCAGCAUGCGGGAUCUUCCCAACCCAAGGAUGGAACACCUGUCUCCUGUAUUGGCUGGCAGAUUCUUUGUCACUAAGCCCCUGGGGAAGCUGGCGAUUCCCAUAGUCUUAAAACACUUAAAGUCUGUCUAGUCCGCACUUAACACCAUUUGCUUUUCAUUUUUCUCUAUCAACCUUCCUUCCUUGGCUGGAAUAAAUGAGAUUAUGACAUGCUUGGUGACAAUGAUAAUGUCACACCCCCAGUGUGGUCCCCACAACAUCUGACAUGGUAGUUCCAUAUUCAAUACUUAAUUAGAAAUAAACUUGUCUUAUCCCCCCAACGUUCUGGCAUUCGUGUGUCAAAAGAUAUAAAAGUUCUCUGCUUGUGGAAUGAAAAAAAAAAAAAAUAGAGUUUGCCACAAACAGGAAGUGGGCCCCGGAGUUUAGACAAGAUUUUUGCGACACGCAGCUUGAUGGUGGCAGUCGCAGCGGCAGUAACCACUGUUUCAUCAUUCUGAGAAAUCGGAAUGACAGCAGAAGCAGCAAGUGAAAAGCUCCGUCUUAGACAAUGACAUCUUACAACCGGACUUUGUCUUAAAAGGGGAAGGCAACAUGGGAAACCACAUGCCCAAACUUGAACCAAAUGAUAAGGGACCAGGCACCCAUCGCACCAUAGUCUCAGCAGUGACCUCUGCACCCUGCCUCUCUGGCCACCCCAACAAAGAAUAUUUGGUCUUAGCCUUUUUUGCUGGGGUGAUACUGACACUGCUGCUGAUGGCCUUUGUCUUCCUCAUCAUAAAGAGCUGCAGAAAAUCAGGUCAUUCCAGGCCCCAGACCCUGGAUCCUCCUUCAGAUCAUCCAGCCAAACUUUCAUCCUCGGAGGAGGUACUUACCUAUGCCAGCAUGAUUUUCAAAGCCCCCAAAGAAAACAGCGAUCACCUGACCAAGAGUGUACAGAAUGCUGUACACUCGGAUCCUGUUGUCUAUGCUCAGGUUAAAGGGACAAACUCGCCUUGCCUCUCCAGUGAGGCUUGAGUCCAGUUCCUUUUAUCUUAGCUCCAUCUUCAUCCAUCACUUUCCAUUUUAACAAAUUUUGGACUACGACCGGAUGAAACCACAGCUGGAGCUGUCUGGGUGUGCUCGGACAAUGCUAGUCACCAGUUUGAAGACCAAGGGUCAGCCUUUUCCUGGCCUGAGAAAAGAUCUAUGGCCCUCCCACUUGGACCAACAGACUGUUAGACCAUUGAGAGCUGAGACUACCUCCCCUGUCACCUUCUAAAAAGUGUGAUACAGAGCUCACAGCACCAAGUGUUCCCUUGGCAUCAUUGAUCUACUUGGGAGGAAUCAACCAGAUGAACAAUCCAGGUUGGAUUACAAAUAAAAGCAAACUCUGCAAUGCUGA